AGGGCAUGAUAGGAGGAGGAGAAGGAAUGAACGGAAACGUAUGAUAUUGAAAUUGGUUUGUUGUGUUGUGAAUCGGAAUCAGGAAGAAAAGAAUCAGUCCCUCUCGUCGAUCUCGCAACCGCGCCAGAGGGAUCCAUGAUACUCUUGCAGUCUCAUUCAAGAUUCUUGCUCCACACCUUGUUGAAUCGGGCUCAGAAUCUUGAAAAAGGAGUUGAACUGGAUCACCACUGGGUUGAGUUUGAUGAUGUUCGAUAUCAUAUUCAGGUGUCAAUGAAAAAUCCUCAUGUUUUGUUGCUAUCAGUAUCAUUGCCAGCUCCUUCUUCAGAAACUAUUUUUGUCUGUGGACUUCCUUUUGGAGCCAUUGAAGCAAUAAAAGCUGCAUACGGUAAUCUUGUGCAAAUUCUUGAUCCUCCAAGAGAUGGCUUUAACCUCACAUUGAAAAUAAAUCUGUCAAAACUUCCUGCAAAUCAAGAGCAAAGACAUGCUUUAUUGGUAAAAGUUGCAUCAGUAAGGGAAGUCGUCCUUGGUGCACCGCUAAGAGUAAUUUUAGAACAUCUUGCUUCAAGAACUGUUGUGCCAGACAUGGAUCCACUUGUUGCCCUUGUUCAUCGGCCAAAUGAGUCUUUUUUUCUUUUUCAUCAGGCUGAUAAGGUGACUGUGGUGUAUCCCAUGAGAUUCAACGAUUCAAUAGACAUUGUCCUCGCAACUUCAUUCCUGCAGGAAUUUGUCGAAGCCAGGCGUACAGCUGGACUUAAUAAUACUCCUCCUUGCUCAUGGUCUCUUACUCCUCCAAUGGAACUGAAAGGAGUUUCCCCUGAUGCAUUAUCUGCAAAUGCAGGCUUUGUAACAUUUGUUAUCUUCCCUCGUCAUGUUGAAGGCCAGAAAUUGGAUCGUACAGUAUGGAAUCUAUCAACUUUUCACGCCUAUGUCAGUUAUCAUGUUAAGUGCUCGGAAGGAUUUAUGCACACACGUAUGCGGCGUCGUGUGGAGUCACUGAUUCAGGCUCUGGAUCGUGCCAAACCAGAUCCUGAAAAUUCAAAGAAAACUUCAUACAACAGAUCCUUCAAACGGCUGAGCCUCAAGGAUUCAAGAGUCAACUCAUUUUCAUAAAGGUGAAGCAUGAUGAGAAAGAUGUUCUGCUUCUUUUCGACUAUAGAAUCACCAACCAAAAAAUUGCUAUUGCAUGCAUGGAUGUUCCAGAUGCUUGUAACUUGAAGAUGCGAUUCUCCUCCUGAACUCUUCACGCUCAGUAUCAAAGAAAUUGCAGGCCUAUUUUUGCAGACUGCUCCAGGAGCUUGUAAUUUAAUCAUGAAAAAAAAAAGGAGGAUACAAAUACAUGAUAGACGACCAAUCAAAUUAGUUAUGAUAAUGUACAAUUGUUUAUCAUCUAAUUGUGGUGUACUGUAUAUUUGUAUUUGGGGUUACGUAUCAAAUAUCUUCCAUUUUGAGGGAUUCAUCUUUUAUUGUAAAGUAUCAAUAGUAUGUUGCUGAUGCUAGUCUAAACUUCCAAAUGAGGUGACAUGGAUGUGUUAGCGUUUGAGGGGUUAUAUAACAUGGUGUAAGAUCAUGUAGCAUGCAUUUGUGGAUUGCAGUUCAAAGUCAUCGUUACACUGAAUAUUUAUGCUCGGUAUUCU